AUGGCAGGCGAAGAGGAAGCAUUGGAGCGCCUAAAUAAUUAUGUGAAGCUUAAUGUCGGUGGUUCUUUGUUUUUCACAACUAUCGGAACACUUUUGAGAGGCAAUACAAUGUUGGCUGCGAUGUUUAGUGGUCGCUUGGAAGUCAAAACAGAUGAUGACGGCUGGGUACUAAUAGAUCGCAGUGGAAAACAUUUCGGGACAAUUUUGAACUACAUUCGAGAUGGUUCAGUUCCCCUCCCAGAAACCAGAAAAGAGUUGGAAGAACUGGCUAUGGAAGCCAAAUAUUUUUGUGUUGAAGGUUUAUGUUCAGCCUGUGAUGAGGCCCUUGGACGACUAACUAGUUACGAAGAUUUACAAAACCGUGCAACAAUAGUUAUUGUUAAAUGUCCUAAUGCUGCGAAGUCUUUACUUUCCUCUACUCGUAAACCUGUUGUCAAACUCACCAUGAACCGAUACAAUAAUGUAUUCUCGUAUACUAGUAAUUCGCACGACAAUCUUUUGCGAAAUAUUGAAUGCCUAGAGAAAUAUGCCCUAAUGUUUCCUGCCACUGUAUUAUUUGUGAAAGACGUUCGAGACAAAAGCGAACAAAAUGAGAUUUGUGAAUGGAGCUACUACUGUCGCGGUCAUCGUUUAAGAAGCAUAGAUUGUAUAGCUAUUCACUACUCCUCAGAAAAGCGUCUUAUCAAAGUGGAAUUCCCAGAAUCACGCAUUCAUGAAGAAAUGCUUUCGUUGCUGUCCGUUGCCAGUCGAAAUCUAAGUGAUGCAGAACUUCUGGAAAUCGCGAUGCGAAAAGCAAACUGCGGUUCGGGGACAGCUAGUGGUGCAUUGCUUAGUUACUCCUCCGCUUCUGGUACAGCCAGCGGCUCUCAACAUGAAACAGAAGAACAAGAUGUAGAUCAGUCCUCCACUACGGUAGGAAGUAUCGUAAGCGCUGCAAUCCCCCCUGCAAGACCGGCCACUGCAACUGGUCUUCAGGACAGUCACGGAAAUCCAGUCAAUGCAGGGAGUUCACGCAGCUCUUUUGGAGCAUCAGUCCGUCUUGGUAAACGCUAA